UGGUCUGCCCCCCUAUAGUCUCCAUUUGUCCUGCGUAAAAGCGCGCAGACGGGCAUUAAAACGGACCCACGCGCCUCGGCCCACUUCCCUCCCCCCUGAAACCUCUUAAUUCCCCCCAAAACAAACCCCGAUUAUCAACUUUUCUUCCUUUUCUUUUAAACUGAUGGUUCUCGUAUCCGUGUUUUUGCCCCGCGACUGCGGCAGCUUUAAACCCCGCAACCCCGCCCCUCCGCAUUAUCACAUGAAUCUGGACUGAGCCGAGCUGGAUGUGCAGGGAGAAAAAAGUUUUCUCGGGUCUCGGAGAACGCGCCGCUCUUCACGCACAUGUGCGUUUCCAGACUUUAGGAGGCUUUUUCCCUGCAGGUUUGGGUCCUCCGGCCCCCCCAUCAGGCCCCCCCUCCAGGCUCGGGAGCGUCUUUUCUCCCUGCAGCAGCAGCAGCGGCAGCAGCACAGGGAGGGAGAGGGAGACGGGGAAACGCUCCGGCUGCUUGGAGAUUUGUUUCGACAAACUUUUUUUUUUUUUUUUUCUGGGACGACAUGGACGCGCACCGCGGCGGCGGCGCGCCCCCGGCGGGGCAGCAGAUCGUGCACGUCCGCGGGGACUCGCAGACGGAGCUGGAGGCCCUGUUCAGCGCCGUGAUGAACCCCAGCAAGGCCGUCCGGCAGCCUUCGUCUCUGCCCAUGAGGAUGAGGAAGCUGCCGGACUCCUUCUUCAGGCCCCCGGACCCCCGGGGCCACUCCCGACAGGCCAGUUCGGAUGGAGGCGUGUGCGGCUCCCUCACUCCUCACCACGUCCGGGCUCAUUCCUCCCCCGCCUCCCUCCCCGUCAACUCCCUCUCCACCCAGGCGACGGAUGUGGCGGCGUCACCCAUCAUACCUGACGACGUGCCGCUCCCCGUGGGCUGGGAGAUGGCUAAGACGCCUACCGGCCAACGCUACUUCCUCAACCACCUGGAGAAGACGACCACGUGGCACGACCCCCGGCUGUCGCAGCUGCAGUCGGCUGCAGCGCAGCAUCCGCUGCCCGGCGUCCCGGUGCACGGCCACUCCCUCAGCAACCCGGCGCCCACCACGCAGCCGCCCAACAUCAGCCAGGACGCAGGUUACCUGCCUGAGGGCUGGGAGCAGGCUGCGACUGCAGAGGGAGAGGUGUACUACAUCGAUCACAUAAAUAAGACCACCGCAUGGGUCGACCCGCGUCUAGCCCAGAAGAUGAACUCCGGCCUCCUGGGCUUGGCGAUGCAGCAGAGGCUGGAGAAGGACCGGGUCCGGUGCAAGCAAGGCAUCGCCCCCCAGAUCACAGCGCAGGAGGCGGGAGGAAGGAACCAAAUUUCCGGCGGGAUGGAUCACGACAGAAACGCUCAGAUACUCAGAGCCCCGAACUACGAGCCUACACUUAAUGGAGCUCACUCUCGCAACGAGAGCACCGACAGUGGACUGAGCGUCAGCAGCCUGCCGCGCACGGACCACAUGCUGAGCAGCGUGGAUCACAUGGACACUGGCGACUCCAGCGAGCCCCCCUCGAUGACCCUGCAGGAGUCCAUGCCGGUGCUUCCCAUGAGCGAGGGCGAGGAGCUGAUGCCCUGCAUCCCCGAGGGUCUGAGUUCAGACCUCCUGAUGGACAUGGAGACCGUUCUGUCCGGCUCCCACAUGGACAGAGACAGCCUGCUCACCUGGCUAUAGACGCAGGCCCGCACCGCCUGCUCACGUACGGUUUGACGUCACGUUUUCCCCACAUGACUGAGGAUUCUGGAGGAUUUUUGAUAGUCGGGAGUGGUACAGAACAACUUUACUGAGAGAACACGCCACCGUGGUGCAGCGGAAACCAAACACUACUUUCACCCCGAGGAGUGAAAGACGUGACUCUCACAGAAGGUGGUAAGCUGUCGGACCCUCUUCUGGGUUUCACAGAGGUGCAAAACAGCAACAUAAUUUGAUAACACUUUCUUUUUUUUUCUUUAAAGUAUUUGAAGUUCACCAAAUGUGAUUUUUUUUUUUUUUUUUUUUAGAUACAGAUUUGUACCAACAUUUGAGAUUGAUUUGUAGCAAACCUUUAUAACCACAUGGUCAAGUGAAGUAUUAUUGUACCAAUUAUAUCAACUCAAAAGGGCAUGUUAAAAUAACAGCGGUGUGGCAAAGUAGCUUUUUGAUAUGUAGAGAACAAUCUCGCGUCCAUUUUUCCCCUCGAUUAACUACACAGCCUCCAAGAUAAGUGCAUCUAGUGUUACUACCUCUGAGCAGUCAGUAAAUUGUGUUUUUAUUUUGUUUUUUUUCUUCUGAAAUGCACAUGGCUUGGUCUAGAUAAUCACUACAUACAUUACACGUAACCAAAGGAUAAGCUUAAAGAUAAAAAGACUAAUGAAAGCUCUCCCUACAUAUAGGCACAAAAGGAAACAUGCAGAUGGAGCAUGACACAUUUGUGGAGAGCCUGAAGAGAAUUUAACACUAAAACCACUCUGCAGCAACACCACCUCUGACCACGAAUGUAUUGGCCAAAGAGCCACUGAGGCUGAGUGGAGACAGCCAGACGUAUUGUAAUACCCCUUUGUCCCACUAGAGGUGCUAUUGUGCCAGGAGCUGAACUUCUUUGAGAUGUGCUCCCCCGUGUGGUCAGAAGUGGUACUGCGACAGAGAGUGGCCUAAAGGGAGGCCAUGUGUACUCCCCGACUUUAAAAAAGAAAAUUAUAUAUAAAUAUAUAUUUAAAGUGUGGUUAAAGGAUAAUCUCAGUCUGAGCCAGCAAAUCAAAGUCUGUCAAGCACCUUCACAUUUUCCAAAAUGAUAUAUGAAUAAUACUUUUGACUCUGUAGAGGAGUUCUGACAGGAAGAGAGGAUUUUUAUGGCAUCCCCUAUACAAAGGAGCCCUUCAGCAUAUAAAGGAUGUUCUCAGUAAGUGAACACAUGAUCAGUGUAAUGCAGUCCUACACAAUGCAGGAUUUUCCCAUGACGCUGUACGCUCCGGUCCAAACGGAGCGACAGCCUUUUGCUGUGAAAUCACCUAUUUUGAAAUGACUAAAAUAAUGAGUUACGGUGGUUUUUCUCCACGCUAUCGCUGAACAUGUAUAUUUAAUCAAUCAUUCCCGUGCCUUAAACCUUUUAGAUGGAUGAUGAUUUUACUCCCUUUUCUCAUUUUUCCUAACAUCCGCUUUUUUGGUCUUGAGACAAUCUUUGCAAUGUUCUUUUAUCUUUUCUUCACAUUUAACAAAUCUGGAUUAAUUCAGUACUAUCAUAUCCCCUAGAAUACGAUAGUACCAAAUAUAGAUCUUAUCAAUAUAUAUCUGAAAUGCAUGGACACUUGAAUGCAUUAUUUGCUUGGAGCAGAUUUAAAAACCGUGGCCGAGGCCUUUCUUAGAAAAUAGUCCUGGUUUAUUUCUAAUAAGAUAUAUAUAAGAUAUUAGGUUAUCUGAGAGAUAACCGGCUUUUAAACCAGGUUCAGAGACCCUUUUGUGACUCAACAAAAGCUACACACUAUUUGUGGAUGCAGUGUUUUUAUGAAUAUUUUCUUCUGAAUGCAAACAUCAGCUCAUUCAUUCACUCUGUGCAAGUAAACGUAUAACAAUUAUGUAAUCUGUUCCUGUUUGCUGGGUUGUUUCUGCAGUGUGUUUAAGUUUGAACUGAGUAAGAAAUGUUUAAAUGCUGGUAAGACCAUCUCUCCUAACCAGGUUAAUGAAAUCAGACCUAACCUGGUUAACCAGGUCAAAACAACCGACCCAGAUAAAGAGCCGAGUCUCUUCCUUAUUUAAAGUGCCAAACAAGUCGGUGAGCAACGUUCUGCUCGUACACAUAACGAAACACAUUACUUAGGCUAUUAUUUAUCUUAGCAUGCAUGACACUUGCUAUGUAUGUUACAUAUAAUUAUGAUUAUUAUCCUAUUUACAGAGUUUUGAGGCAGUCUGGCUUGUUUUUUACCCGUUUAUGUUUAUGCAUGAUUUAUAUAAUGUCAUUAUAAUCACUUUUAAAGAGUUUGUUUAAUAAACUUUUAAAUACAACUGAAAA